AUGGGCCGAGUCUCGCAAGGCAGUGGUCAGCAAGGACGCUCUCAUACGAAUUCUCGCAUGAAGCUCCGGAACAUUUUACAACCUUCGGCAGCGCCAACUGCCCUCAAGCCGAGUGGAAAAGGAGAACAGCAUGGACCUAUCACUGGCGGAGUGGGUAUCAAGUUGAAGACUCGAGAGACUCGAUCAGCUGCACUGCAACGGCUGCGGAAAAAAGCCCUUAUGGUAACCCAAUACAAGAAAUUCUACCAGAAGCUUAACAGAGAAGAAUCA